CUUCCCUCUCUCCCAUCACCAAUUCCUUCUACUCUCUCCCUAUCUCUAUACUGCUCCACAACAAAUUUUCAAGACUUUUGGUUGCUGAUAUAUAUAUGGCGGAUGUUGGCAAUCGGAGGCCGGGGUCCCGGCGCCAGUCGACAAGGUUGCAGAGGAGGGCGCCGGCGUCGAUACAGAUCAGUCCGGUGACGGAAUGGAACGUGGCGAUACCGCUUUUGUCGCCGUUGGUUCAGUCGCCCACAUCCGAUCAUCCCUUGGCCGAGAUCAAAUCUUGUGGCAAUAGUAAUAAGGAAUCGGCUGCCGUGGCCGACAAAGCGGUGGUGGUUACGAAGGAGUGGCAGCACCCGGCGGCGCCGUUCUAUUACGAGCCGGCGCCGUUUGUGCCUUUUGUUUGCACAGGAAGUUUAGAGAGAUGACAGUUGCUUUUUUCCGUUACUCGUUUUAACUCUUUAUCUUUUUUGCUCGGGGUAACUAUUUUUUACUGUACUACUCCACAUGAAUUCAGGAUUUAAUAGACUUUUAA